GAACGAUCAUUUUAAAAAAUUGAAAUUGUUCGAACAGGUUCGAACAUACUCAUUUGGAUCUCUGGUCCACACCUCGCACCAAACGUCAAACGUCAUUUCUCAUUUGACCCAUCGACAAAUGAUACCAAGAUUGAAAUCUGGAAACUGAGCUGUCAGAUUACUUUUGCCUACAAGCUGCGAGGUGUGGUGAAUGUAUUGAAUCUAUCUAUGUGUUCGUGUUAACGUCAUUUACCAUCGUGGUGGCUUUCACAUAUAUUCACAGACAACACUGUAAAAGUGUUAACAAAAGGGUUUUGGGGGAAGAGACGUACGAAAGUUUCCAGUCUUGGUUUAGUUUAUCGAUGAGUAUCACGCUGCAGACGUUCUUUUCACUGGAUUCACGCAGAACUGGAGUGCCCCGAGUGAAUAUGAAUAAUAAUAAAAAUGAGAGACAAGAAGAAGAGCAAGGGACAUCUAUUUACUGUUGGUUUAGAACAAUUAAAGGAAAAUAAAACAGUUUUUGGUUGGGUUGAAGGAAGAAAAGAAAAAAAAAAAAAUACGAAUGAGGUUUUUAUUUUGUUUGCUUAUUCUUACACUUGUGGUUAGUCGCUUUUUGCAACUAAAAGUAAAGCAUGCUUUCCCGUUUUAGCUCUUGAUAAAUUCUCGCCAGUUGGCGAGAUUAGAAUCGAUUUUUUUCUGUAUGUGAACACAUGGCGCAAUAAAUAAUGAAAUGCUUAAAGAAAAAAAAAAAGAAAAAUUAAGUGUACCUAACAUUCAAACUUUCUGCGGUUAUGUGAUAUGUAAAAACAAUUUGCAGAGUAUCUAUGAAAGCCAACCGCAGAUUUUGAUAUCAGCAAAUAAUAGAAUAAUCUUCUUAUCAAACGAAGGCCAAGUAGUAUUUAAAGUCUGCAGCUAAAAGUUUGUAUUAGAGUUAAUUCGGUCGCAGACCAGUCAAGUUCAAAUUGAUGAUUUAAGCAGUCAUUCAAAAUCAUAACCUACAGUCUAGUUGACAACACGUUUAAAAAAAACAUGAAGAUAUAUCAAAUCAUAACAUUAUUUGCUAUUUUAUUCGGAUUUGAUAUUGGUGAUGCGAAUAAAUUUAAUAUAAGUUAUUCACAUUUGGACACUUGUAAGGAGUACACUAUUUUAUCUUUACACCGUAAGUACAAGGAUUACUUCCAAAUAAGCUCUAUGAAGAAUCGUGAGCUAGAAGAUAACCAGCGAUUACAUUUGAAAUUCUACGUAAUGACUCAAAAAGAUGCACACAUAUUAUUAUCGGAGUUUGAAAAUCAAUCAUAUUCAGAUCCUGUUUAUGAAAUUGUUUUUGGUGGUUAUAAUAAUACUCGGUCUCACAUAAGUUUACAAAAUGAAAAUACUGUAUCUAUUUUCACGACUCCCAACCUGUUAUCGACUUUUGAUCCAAUGCCAAUUGAAAUAAUUCAAACAAAUGAUGGCCAGUUAAUGGUUAAUAUUCCUGGUUUUGCUGAACCCUUAUUAACUUAUUCAGAUACAAGUCCUUUGAGCAUUCGUUUUGUUAGCUUAACUUCUUGGCGAGAAACUUCAGCAAAAUGGUUCUACGAUUGCAAGUUGGAAGAAUUGACAAAAUCGGAGAAACGUCAGCCUGAUCAGAAUACAGUAAAAAAUAAAUUCAAGAAGCCUGCGACCCAAGUAAAUCCUGUUGAUAGCCCUAACAAAUCCGAUUCUUUUGUCAUGGAUAAAAAUAAAACACAUUCAAAAAUUGAAAUUGAAACAAAAGUGCAGCAGUGUGAAAACAUAUUAAAAGAAUUAAGCAACCACUUUAAAUCUAUAUUUUUGUUGCUAGUUGCUUUGAUUGGAGUCGGAAUUUGUAUGUUUGUUUACUAUAAACAUAGAAAUGUCUGUUGCCAGAGAAUUUUAGAGGCAAGGAGCCGAAUUUAAGACGUCUUGGAGCCAAAAAUCGCCAAUUUCGAAAAUUGUUCAU